AUGCGGCGAAAAUCACAUAAAAUAGAAAAUGAAGACGUAAAGGAAACGGAACAAGAUACCCAAAACCUUGUUGAGUCCAAAUUAAGACUGGACAACGAUGGCGACUUCGAGGUUGAGAUUCGACAACCACCAUAUUCUAUGGACAAGAUAAAGUCUAAAAAUUCAAGGAAACAAUUGAAUCGACAGUCCACUUCCGAAGACGACGUUUACGGGCCUUACAAGCCUUCCUUUGCGGAAGAGGUAACGGAAGCGGAGACAGAACGGGAGUCUACGGAUAUGACAUCGUCCUCCAGCACGGAAGACGAAACAGAGUCUUUUAGAUUAGAUAACAAAACACUGAUUUUAAUAGACAAGAAUACCAGAAUGAUGUCGAAAUUAGAAAAGUUAAGAAAGCAAAGAGAUCGCUUGAAGCGCCAACAGAAUGAAGUCAUAUGUAUGGAGAAGGAGAUUCGCCACGUCAUCGACCUUAUAGCCAGGGCCAAGGUGGACACUGAAGCAUUGAAACACGACGCCCUGAUGAAAAAAUGCGAGCUUAAAUAUCUCGCAAGUCAAGUACCCGAGGGUUUCGACAUGGAAGCUCGUCAGAAGGCGACGGCGCUCUACAGGCGCUACAGCCACAUUCGGUCGCUCCCGGAAGCCAAGGCGCUCCUGCAGCACAUCCGGCAGAAAGUUCGGACGCUCCAGUACAUAGAGCUGCUCACGUACAACAAGGCGAUGGAAUUUCAACAUGGCUUGAAGAAGGCCAGCGUGAAAAAUGCCUUCAGCGAAAUGCUUCAGAAGAAUCCACAGCCGCUCGACGCCAUUGUCGACGCACUCCGCCGUACCUCCGAGGCGUCCAUGGCGAACACCACGACAAUGAGUGCGCUGAGUGCGUCAGCGACGACGGCGACGUCAAACAUAACAAGUAAUUCAGACGCGCAAUCCGGAUUGUCUAGCACUCCGGCGACCACCACAGUGACUAUCGAAUCGCAGGAGGCGGCGAUCGUGCCGACGUCUUACCCAGAUUCGCCCGUAGUGCAGUCGUCCCCCUCAACUCCCCAGUACAGCCCGUGUUCGGACCUUUCUCUUUCCGGGCACCGACACUCGAGACUAUGA